CUGACUGAUGCACAGCUGCGAUGUCCUUGCGUGGAUCGUACCUCCGGACCGGAACGUGGGAGAGGUGCCAGCGCCGCCGUUAUCCCCAGUGCCUCGCCUGUACUCCUGAUGGCCAAUGGGACAGCGCUCUACUAUCAAGCAGAAAGCAGCCAUUUCCAUUAGAAAAUCUGUUUAUGGAGCCCGUGGGAGCGUCUCUCUGCGCCUUCACAGACCUUCUUGAGUCCACACUUCUCUCGUGAUAGGCCAUUUCAGCACUUGGCUGUCUGUGGGAAUGGCCUUCUCCUGCCGUCGUGUCUACCUGUGCCUGUGCACUGUUUACGUCUGUAUGGACGUGUCGGCCGCGACAUUUCCCGGGAGCCAGAAUAAUUCAUCAGCGAAAUUCUUCUCCACCACCACGCCGACCACCAGCGCCAUCGAGAAUCUGCUGAAGGGUUAUGACCGCAAUCUCCGCCCGAAUUUCGGCGGCCCCGCCGUGGAUGUUCUCGUCAGUAUGCAGAUCGCCAGCAUUGACCAGAUCUCGGAAGUGGACUUGGAUUAUACCAUCACCGUGUUUCUGCGGCAAUACUGGCGGGACAACCGUCUGCAGUACACCGGCACCAACAAGAGCCUGAGCCUGGACGGGCGGCUGGUGGAGAAGCUGUGGGUGCCGGACACGUUCCUCGUCAACUCCAAAAGCUCCUUCCUCCACCGCGUCACCGUGGACAACAGGCUCAUUCGGAUCGAACCAAACGGCAACAUUCUGUACGGCAUGAGAAUCACGGCGAAAAUCGCCUGCCCCAUGGACUUACGGAAGUACCCACUUGACGAGCAAAACUGCACCAUGGAGCUGGAGAGCUAUGGCUACACCACGAACGAGGUGACGUAUGACUGGAAGAAUGGAAGUGCCUCGGUACAAGGUCUGCUGAAUCUGGAGCUGUCUCAGUUCACCCUUGUCAGCUACGACACCGUACUCACCAAAGAGGUCUACGAAACUGGCACCUACGCGCGGCUGUCCUUCAGCUUCCUCCUGUGCAGAAACAUCCUGUACUUCAUCCUGCAGACGUACCUGCCCGCCAUCCUGCUCGUCAUCGUGUCCUGGGUCUCCUUCUGGAUCAACCACGAGUCCGUGCCCGCCAGGAUCGCAUUGGGAAUCACCACAGUCCUGACCAUGACCACGGUCAUCACGGGAGCCAAGCACUCCCUCCCCAAGAUCUCGUACAUCAAGGCCAUCGACGUGUACCUGGGCAUGUGCUUCCUCUUCACCUUCGCCGCUCUGCUCGAGUACGCAGCCGUCAACUUCGAGGCGAGCUCCCGGACCAGGAGGGAGUCCAAGGGCACCAGGAAGCUGCUGCAGAAGAUGAAGUCGGCGAAAGAGGGCGGCAAGAAAGAGGGUAAUGAGGAAGGCACAAAGGCAAAGCGCUUCCCGCUGAUGGCCAAGAAGCAGGCCGUGAAAGAGUCGCCGAAGGACGAGAACGGAACGGCCACGGAGAACAGCCAGCCAGCCCCGGCACCACCACGGCAGGUCAACUGCAACCAGGCCUUAAAAAGGAUCGUUCUGAGGACGACGGCGGAUCCUAACCACGUGGACCGGCAGCCUCCUCCUCCUCCUCCUGAGCCGCAGCAUAACAACAGUACCAACGUAGACCAGGUGGAGGACCUGGGGCAGACUGAAAACGGGCCCACGCCCGCGGCUCGUAAGAGACCCCACCUGCGGAAGAGGCCCACGCUUUCGGACGUGGCCAAGCGAGUGGUGACCAAUAGAAGUUUCAAUAUCAAAGUAAAAGACGUGGCUACUAUAGAUAAAUACUCCAGGGUCUUGUUCCCUCUCACGUUUGCACUGCUGAACGUGGCGUACUGGAUCGGGUACCUGACGUAGCACGCGACGCCGAAAAGAACUGCACUUUGCAGCAACCCAAAUACUUUGCCACUCUUAAUAUGCGGGAGAUGAUGCGUGAAAUAGGAUUUUAUGACGGGGGCAGAAAACUCGGGGUGCGACGUGCACAACUGCAACAUGCCGUGCCGAUCCCGGCAUUCAGCGGGAGUAACAAGAUGUCAGUCAUUCGCAGACGUCAGAGGCGUUCUGGUGACGUCACGGGGUUCUUCAACUGAAACAAGACGUUUUUUUAAGCUCCUCUGUGACAAACGUUGGAGACUGUUGACGUCGAUCAAGGACGUCAGUUUAUACAUAUCAUUAGAAAAGAAGACUGUCGUUGCUAGAAAGUUCUGUUAGGCCCCCUUUCCACUAGACGGCGAUCGCGCUGCGCUCUCACUGCGACCUAAAUAGGAUAUGUGUAAUAUUCAC